CAAGUUUCUGAGAUGUGCGAUGCGCAUGCGCGAGUGACCAACUCUAUCACAGUCAGGAUGAUGGCGGAUUCGGGAAGUGAGGAUAUAGCUGUGUUGGGAAACACCGACCUGACACCUUCAGCGUUAGAAAGCAACGUUAAAAACACGAUGGUUGAAAAAGGGGCAGAUUUUCUGAAGAAGAUGGAGAUUAGUGUAGCUGAAGCAGAGAAAAGAACAGGAAAGAAUGCAGUCAGUAUGCAGGAAACCUACACUGUAUACCUCAUUGAAACAAGGCCAGUGGAUACUGCAUCUGAGGGAACCACUCCUGUCCCUGACUCUCUGUGGAGGCGCUACAGCGAGUUUGAGCUCUUAAGAAACUAUCUGUUAGUCACCUAUCCAUUCAUAGUUGUCCCGCCUUUGCCUGAGAAACGGGCUGAAUUUGUGUGGCACAAACUGUCUGCAGACAACAUGGAUCCGGACUUUGUGGAAAGGAGAAGGGUGGGGCUGGAGAACUUCCUGCUCCGGGUUGCCUCCCACCCUGUUUUGUCCACUGACAAGAUCUUCUACUCCUUUCUCACUGAGGAAGAGUGUUGGAAGGAAAGUGUAUUUGAGACUGGAUUUCAGGCAAAGGCAGAUUCGAGGUUAAAGGCUUUAAACGCUACGUUCCGGGUGAAGAAUCCUGACAAGAGGUUUGCAGAUAUUAAGCAUUAUGGAGAUGAGCUCCAAUCUGUUAUAUCACAGCUGUUGCGGGUGCGAGCGAGGGUGGCUGACCGUCUGUAUGGGGUGUACAAAGUGCAUGGAAAUUACGGCAGAGUGUUCAGUGAGUGGAGCGCCAUUGAGAAAGAAAUGGGAGAUGGAUUGCAGAGCGCAGGACAUCAUAUGGAUGCGUAUGCUGCUUCUGUUGAUGAUAUCCUGGAGGAGGAGGAGCACUAUGCUGACCAGCUGAAAGAAUACCUCUUCUACACUGAGGCUUUAAGGGCUGUGUGCAGGAAGCACGAGCUUUGUCAGUUUGAAUUGGAGAUGGCUGCCCAGGAUCUGGCCUCCAAGAAGCAGCAGCGGGAGGAACUGGUUACUGGGACAAUACGGACUUUCUCUCUCAAGGGUAUGACCAGUAAGCUGUUUGGCCAGGAGACUCCCGAGCAGAGGGAGACUAAGCUAAAAACUCUGGAGACCCAGAUUGAGGAGGGCGAGGAGAUGGUGAAAGAGAGAAACACUGAGUGCGAGGAGUUUGUGAAGAACGCUUGGGUGGACAUCGAGAGGUUCAAAGAGCAGAAAGACCAUGAUCUCAGAGAAGCUCUCAUCAGUUAUGCCAUCAUGCAGAUCAGCAUGUGUAAAAAGGGAAUUCAAGUGUGGAAUAACGCUAAAGAGUGCUUCAACAAGAUGUGAGCCGUGCUUCAAGCCAAGUUCCAGCACACAGCCAUGCAGCUGUACAAACUUCUCAGGGCUGAUAUAGGAUCAGUUUUUAGAUUUUAUUUCCCAACAAACACAAGUGGACGGACCAAACUGAUCCAAAAUCAGCACUUUUGCACAGGUGCUCAGUGUGUAUGAGCCUGACCAUGAUCCUAGGUGUGUUGGAGGCACAGAAACAUUUGUAUUUUUUCAUUCUUCUUUACAACUUCAAUCAUACUAUAUUUGCAUUAUAUUUUGAAAGCUUAAAAAGAAGGCAGAGAGGGGAAAAAGUAUUGUUUUAUUUAUUCAAAAAAUAAUGUUUACUGGUUUAGAGUAUACCAUAUUUCCAUACUGAGUAUCGACUCAUUGAAUAUCCAAAAUCCUUGUGCAGAGAAUCAUUUUUGUUCAGAAACAGAAUCAGUGAAAAUUAUUUUAAGCACAUCACAGAGAAUGGGGUGAUUAUUGCUGAAAUUCUAGCAAUAUAUCAUUUGUUUAUAAUGAUAUACAAUACAGUUGUUCCUACAGACAUUCUUAUUAAACCCCACCUCACUUCCUUUUGUGCAUUUUUUUUUAAAAACAGUAAUGUCAAAUAUUUGCCAUUAUAACAGUCACUGUUAACAGUUAAAAGUUAUUGCUGAAAAAUGUAAAGGUUAAGUGACAAGAUUAAAGAGCCUUAAAAUAGGAGCAUUCCAUUAUACAGUAAUUCCUCAGAUCAUAUGGAACGUGUCCAUUAUAUUCAAACAUGCAAAAGUUUAAUUGUGUGUUGAGGACAACAAGGGGUCAAAUUUCCCUUUGCAAGUAAAGCAAACAGACUGACUGAUGUUUAUCUGUGCUUGAAAUCUCGUCCCUGAUGUUCAUCCUGACAUACUUUACGUUCAUCAUUUGCACUGUCUGCAUGCUGCACCAACACAAACUGUUUAUAACUGCUCACCCGCACCCUUUUUCUGCUUCAGUUAAUAGGAAAUAUGUAUGCCUGCUGUUUAUGCCUAUCCAAAACCUUAUGGUGCAUAUUUUUCUUUGUGGCAACAGCUUCCCCUGUGAAUGCUGGAUUUGACAUUUGGGAUUAAGUGUGGGUUGGUCAGUGUUUUGAUAUAAAUCUGGCUGGAGGAACAGGAAGCUAAUGCAGGAAAAGGAGGAUGUAAUAAUUUCCUCAUUUAACAGUUGUGUUUGUAUCAGUGCCUAGCCGGUUCCAGCACUUAGACCCAUUUUAUGGUAAUGUUGAGAUAUAUAAUAAUGUUUUCACUACAUAUAUGGAAAAUAACUGUAGUAGAAAUUUUUGUUUAAAAAUUUAUUGUGCAUACACUAAUAAACUUUUCUAAUAUUUA